GCAGAGCCUCGUGAUAUGCGGAGCCUCGACUAGUUCUCUCGACGGCUCUCCAUUUCACUCAAUAUUUCACCCGUCGCCUUCACGUUCACUUUGACCUCUACCUUACAAACAACAAAAGUGGGGAAUGAAGCAAUAUCCCUCUCUUACCGUCUGACACAACUUCAUCCAGAGCCGAAUUUCGUCCACCUUUGAGUGUUUUUUUCUCUCUUCUCGUCGUUUGGCGAUUAGCGGUGAAGACUUGAUGAGACAACAAGAGGACCAGUGACUGCCCCUUUUCAAAUCUCUCCUGCCGCUGGCGGAUGCGUCACCAGUUGGGGCUGUUACUGGGUGUUGGGUAGAUAGGGUAGUGGGGCGUCAUGGCAGACGUGGACCCGGACACAUUGCUGGAGUGGCUGCAGAUGGGACAGGGUGAUGAGCGGGACAUGCAGCUCAUCGCUCUGGAGCAGCUCUGCAUGCUGUUGCUCAUGUCAGACAACGUCGAUCGCUGCUUUGAAACGUGUCCUCCACGGACAUUUCUCCCAGCUCUGUGCAAGAUCUUCCUGGAUGAGAGUGCACCCGAUAACGUACUGGAAGUGACAGCUAGGGCCAUCACCUACUACUUGGACGUAUCUGCUGAAUGCACCCGCAGGAUUGUUGGAGUGGAUGGAGCCAUCAAGGCCUUGUGUAACCGGCUGGUUGUGGUGGAGCUCAACAAUAGGACCAGCAGAGAUCUGGCUGAACAGUGUGUGAAGGUUCUGGAGCUGAUCUGCACACGGGAGUCUGGAGCUGUAUUUGAAGCAGGGGGUCUGAACUGUGUUCUUAGCUUCAUUAGGGACAGUGGUCAUCUAGUGCACAAGGACACAUUGCACUCUGCCAUGGCAGUGGUUUCACGUCUCUGCAGUAAGAUGGAGCCACAAGACUCUUCCCUGGAGACAUGUGUGGAGUCCCUUUCUAGUCUGCUGAAACAUGAAGACCACCAGGUGUCUGAUGGAGCUUUACGCUGCUUCGCUUCACUGGCCGACCGGUUCACACGGCGUGGAGUUGACCCAGCCCCUCUUGCUAAGCAUGGACUAACGGAAGAGCUGCUGUCCCGUAUGGCUGCAGCAGGAGGAACGGCAUCUGGACCCUCCUCCACCUGCAAGCCUGGCAGAACCUCCAGUGGAGCUACACCAUCUGCUGCAGACUCAAAACUCAGUAACCAAGUGUCAACUAUCGUCAGCCUUCUGUCCACACUCUGCAGAGGUUCACCAUUAGUCACACAUGAUCUUUUGCGCUCCGAGCUGCCUGACUCUAUGGAGAGUGCUCUGCAGGGGGAUGAGCGCUGUGUGCUGGACACCAUGCGACUGGUGGAUUUGCUGCUGGUGCUGCUCUUCGAGGGACGUAAGGCUUUGCCCAAAUCCACAGCUGGGUCCACUGGCCGUAUCCCGGGUCUGCGGCGUCUUGACAGCUCCGGAGAACGCUCCCACCGACAGCUUAUUGACUGUAUACGCAGCAAAGACACUGAUGCUCUCAUUGACGCCAUUGACACUGGUGCUUUUGAAGUGAAUUUCAUGGAUGAUGUAGGACAGACACUCUUGAACUGGGCCUCUGCAUUUGGAACACAAGAGAUGGUGGAGUUUCUGUGCGAUAGAGGUGCUGAUGUCAACAGAGGCCAGAGGUCAUCAUCUCUGCACUAUGCUGCCUGUUUUGGAAGGCCACAAGUAGCCAAGACUUUAUUGCGCCAUGGGGCCAAUCCUGACCUGAGAGAUGAAGAUGGGAAAACCCCAUUGGAUAAAGCUAGAGAGAGGGGACACAGCGAGGUUGUAGCAAUCCUCCAAUCUCCUGGAGACUGGAUGUGUCCUGUUAACAAGGGAGAUGACAAGAAAAAGAAGGAUGUCAAUAAAGAGGAGGAAGAGGGCAGUGAGCCAAAAGGUGACCCUGAGAUGGCUCCUAUCUACCUGAAAAGGCUGCUCCCAGUAUUUGCACAGACCUUUCAGCAAACCAUGCUGCCUUCAAUAAGGAAAGCUAGUUUAGCACUGAUCAGGAAGAUGGUGCACUACAGUUCUGAAGUUCUACUAAAAGAAGUGUGUGACUCUGAUGCUGGACACAACUUGCCCACUGUUCUUGUGGAGAUCACUGCAACAGUGCUGGAUCAGGAGGAUGAUGAUGACGGGCACCUCCUGGCACUGCAGAUUAUUAGGGAUUUGGUGGAUAAGGGAGGUGACGUGUUCUUAGACCAGCUGGCCAGACUGGGUGUCAUUAAUAAGGUGUCCACUUUGGCAGGGCCCAUGUCAGAUGAUGAAAAUGAGGAAGAGGCCAAACCUGAGAAGGAUGAUGAACCACAAGAGGAUGCCAAAGAGAUUCAGCAGGGGAAGCCCUAUCACUGGAGAGACUGGUCCAUCAUUAGAGGCAGGGACUGCCUUUAUAUCUGGAGUGAUGCAGCCGCAUUGGAGCUCUCAAAUGGUAGCAAUGGUUGGUUCCGCUUCAUCCUGGACGGUAAACUGGCCACAAUGUAUUCCAGUGGUAGCCCAGAGGGUGGAUCUGACAGCUCAGAAAGUAGAAGUGAGUUUUUGGAAAAGCUGCAGCGUGCCAGGAGUCAAGUCAAACUAGUGACCGCCAGCCAGCCCAUUCUGUCUACACAGGGUCCCACCAAGCUUACUGUGGGCAACUGGUCUCUCACCUGCCUAAAAGAGAGCGAAAUCGCCAUCCACAACUCAGAUGGCCAGCAGGCCACCAUCCUCAAAGAGGACCUGCCAGGCUUUGUGUUCGAGUCAAACCGAGGCACUAAGCACUCGUUCACUGCAGAAACAUCUCUAGGGUCUGAGUUUGUUACUGGCUGGACUGGUAAACGAGGAAGAAAGCUCAAAUCCAAACUGGAGAAAACAAAACAGAAGGUGAAAACCAUGGCCAGAGAUCUGUAUGAUGAUCACUUCAAGGCUGUGGAGAGUAUGCCGAGAGGUGUGGUGGUCACUCUGAGAAACAUCGCCACACAGCUAGAGUCUGCUUGGGAGCUGCAUACUAACAGACAGUGUACUGAGGGUGAAAACACUUGGAGAGACCUCAUGAAAACAGCUCUUGAAAAUUUGAUUGUCGUUCUUAAGGAUGAGAACACAAUUUCUCCCUAUGAAAUGUGCAGUAGUGGCCUGGUGCAAGCACUUUUUACUGUCCUCAGCAAUUAUGUGUUUGCAUUACAGAGUGUGGAACUAGACAUGAAACAUGAUUGUAAGCCGUUAAUGGAAAGAAUAAAUGUGUUCAAGACUGCGUUUACUGAAAAUGAAGAUGAUGAAAGUCGACCCGCAGUUGCCUUAAUCCGCAAACUGAUAGCAGUGUUGGAGUCAAUAGAGCGGCUACCUCUCCACUUAUAUGACACGCCAGGCUCAACUUACAAUUUACAGAUUCUGACUAGGAGACUACGCUUCCGUCUGGAACGAGCUCCAGGUGAAACAGCCCUGAUUGAUCGCACUGGUAGAAUGCUAAAGAUGGAGCCACUGGCUACCGUUGAGUCACUUGAGCAGUAUCUGCUCAAAAUGGUGGCCAAGCAGUGGUAUGACUUUGACAGAUCCUCAUUCAUUUUUGUUAGGAAGCUCAGAGAGGGCCAAAGCUUCACCUUCAGACACCAGCAUGACUUUGAUGAAAACGGAAUUGUGUACUGGGUCGGCACCAAUGCAAAAACUGCGUAUGAAUGGGUGAAUCCUGCUGCCUAUGGAUUAGUUGUGGUGACCUCCUCUGAGGGCAGAAAUUUGCCUUACGGCCGACUUGAGGACAUCCUGAGCAGAGACAGCUCCGCCCUCAACUGUCACACUAACGAUGAUAAAAAUGCCUGGUUUGCCAUUGACCUUGGUCUGUGGGUUGUGCCCUCUGCUUACACACUUCGCCACGCCCGUGGAUAUGGUCGCUCCGCCCUCCGCAACUGGGUGUUUCAAGUGUCCAAAGAUGGUCAGAACUGGAUGACUCUCUACACCCAUGUAGAUGACAGCUCUCUCAAUGAGCCGGGGUCGACAGCCACAUGGCCUCUAGAUCCAUCCAAAGAUGAAAAGCAGGGCUGGAGACACAUUCGCAUUAAACAAAUGGGGAAGAAUGCCAGCGGACAAACACACUACCUCUCCCUCUCUGGUCUAGAGAUCUAUGGCACAGUUACUGGUGUGUGUGAGGACCAGCUGGGUAAAGCAGUGAAGGAGGCAGAGGCCAACCUGAGGCGGCAGCGGCGUCUUUUUCGCUCGCAGGUGAUGAAGUACAUCGUUCCAGGGGCACGGGUGGUACGUGGCAUCGAUUGGAAGUGGAGAGACCAGGACGGCAAUCCUGCCGGAGAGGGCACUGUGACCGGAGAGGCCCACAAUGGCUGGAUUGAUGUCACCUGGGAAGCCGGUGGCUCAAACUCGUAUCGUAUGGGUGCAGAGGGGAAGUUUGACCUCAAGCUUGCGCCAGGGUACGACCCUGAGUCAGCGCCGUCACCCAAACCUGUUUCAUCCACUGUUGCAGGCACACCGCAGUCCUGGAGCAGCCUGGUGAAAAAUAACUGUCCAGACAAGGGUGGCUCGUCCUCCACAGCGGGGGCCAGUUCCUUCAGCCGCAAGGGUAGUAGCAGUUCGGUGUGUAGCGUGGCCAGCAGCAGUGAUAUCAGUCUCAGCUCCACCCGAGUUGAGCGCAGGGUCGAGAGCCUGUUGGAGCAGGGAGUAGGCAUCGUUGGAGGGCCCCCGGGGGCCGAGGGUCAAGAACCAAUUGUUGUGCUUUCCUCGGCAGAAGGUGGCUCCGCCUCCAGUACCAGCACACUAACAGCGGACAUGGGAAGUGAGGAUCGUAAAACACCAGCACCUGAUAGACAGUCGGCUGAGUCAGCAGCCAUCUCUAUGGGAAUUGUUAGCGUCAGCUCACCUGAUGUCAGCUCCGUAUCGGAGUCAUCUAGUAAGGAUGCUGUGUCCCAGAGACCCUUGUGCUCUGCCACCAGUGCACGGCUGUCCGUCAGCUCUCUGUUGGCAGCCGGAGCACCCAUGAGCUCCAGCGCCAGUGUGCCCAACUUGUCCUCCCGUGAGGCCAGCCUGAUGGAGUCAUUCGUUCGCAGAGCGCCUAACAUGUCUCGCACCAAUGCCACCAACAACAUGAACCUGAGCCGAAGCAGCAGUGAUAACAACACUAACACGCUGGGACGCAACGUCAUGAGCACUGCCACUUCUCCACUCAUGGGUGCGCAGAGCUUUCCUAACCUUACAACCACUGGUACCACCUCAACUGUUACAAUGUCCACCUCCAUAGUAACCAGCAGCAAUAAUGUAGCCACGGCAACAACAGGUUUGUCCGUCGGCCAGUUGCUCAGUAACACACUGACGACCAGCCUGACCUCAACAUCUAGCGAGAGUGACACAGGUCAGGAGGCUGAGUUCUCCCUCUAUGACUUCCUGGACAGUUGUCGGGCCAACACACUGCUUGCAGAGUUAGAUGAUGAGGAAGACUUGCCAGAGCCAGAUGACGAUGAUGAUGAGAAUGAGGAUGACAAUCAGGAAGAACAGGAGUAUGAGGAAGUUCUGGUACGGUCCAGGGUCAACCUUGGUUACCACGUUCAUAUUCAUAGGGAGGAAGAGGAGUAUGAAACCAAAGGGGGUCGCCGCAGGACCUGGGAUGAUGACUUUGUGCUGAAGCGACAGUUUUCUGCUCUUGUACCUGCAUUUGACCCCAGGCCAGGCCGGACCAAUGUCCAGCAAACUACUGACCUGGAGAUCCCUCCACCAGGUACACCUCCAGGUACACCUUGCUCUGAGGUAAAGGAGGAGGUGGAGUGCACGCCUUCUCCCCGUCUGGCUCUCAUCCUAAAAGUAGCAGGGCUGGGAACAACACGAGAAGUAGAACUACCUCUCACCAACUACAAGUCCACUAUUUUCUAUUAUGUUCAAAAGCUUCUCCAGCUCUCAUGCAAUGGUGCUAUUAAACCUGACAAGCUUAGACGCAUCUGGGAGCCUACAUAUACGAUAAUGUACAGAGAAUUGAAGGACUCUGACAAAGAAAGCGAGAGCGGAAAGAUGGGUUGCUGGUCUGUAGAGCAUGUGGAACAGUACCUUGGCACAGAUGAAUUACCAAAGAAUGACUUGAUAACCUACAUGCAGAAGAAUGCAGACUCAACUUUCCUGCGCCACUGGAAAUUAACCGGCUCUAAUAAAAGUAUUAGGAAAAACAGAAAUUGUUCGCAGCUCAUAGCUGCAUACAAGGACUUCUGUGAGCGUGGCUGCAGGUCAUCAGGCUUGAGUUCAGGAACGCUGUCUGCCACACAGAGCUGCGAUAUCCUGAGUGCUGCACGGGAGCAGGCUCAGGCGAAAGCGGGCUCGGGUCAGAGCGCCUGCAGCGUGGAAGACGUACUGCAGCUCCUGCGCAUCCUCUUCACAAUUGGAGGAGAACCCUCAUCUGGCCGCACACUGCAGGAAGAUGUGGAAGAGCUACAGUUCAAUGCAUCGCCUGAGGAAUUCACCAGCAAAAAAAUUACAACUAAAAUCCUUCAGCAGAUCGAGGAGCCUCUGGCCCUGGCUAGCGGGGCUCUUCCGGACUGGUGUGAGCAGUUAACCAGCAAGUGUCCUUUCCUCAUCCCCUUUGAGACCCGGCAGCUUUACUUUACAUGCACUGCAUUUGGAGCCUCCAGGGCUAUAGUCUGGCUCCAAAACCGAAGAGAAGCCACCAUGGAGCGUUCCCGGCCUUCCACCACGGUGCGUCGUGAUGAUCCUGGGGAGUUCCGAGUAGGCAGACUCAAGCACGAGCGUGUCAAGGUGCCUAGGGGAGAGAGCAUGAUGGAGUGGGCUGAAAGUGUGAUGCAGAUACACGCUGACAGAAAGUCUGUACUGGAGGUGGAGUUCCAGGGGGAGGAAGGCACUGGUCUUGGUCCCACUCUGGAAUUCUACGCUCUCGUGGCUGCAGAGUUCCAGAGGACCUCACUUGGUAUCUGGCUCUGUGACGAUGACUUUCCAGAUGAUGAAUCACGUCAAGUGGAUCUGGGCGGUGGCUUAAAACCACCAGGCUAUUAUGUGCAGCGUUCCUGCGGCCUUUUCCCCGCACCUUUUCCUCAGGACAGUGAUGAACUUGAGCGUAUUACCAAGCUUUUCCUCUUCCUUGGCAUCUUUCUGGCCAAAUGCAUCCAGGACAACCGGCUUGUAGACCUACCCAUCUCACAACCUUUCUUCAAACUGCUCUGUAUGGGCGACAUCAAAAGCAACAUGAGUAAGCUCCUUUACCAAACCCACAUAGAGUCAGACUGUCACCUCUCUGAAAUCCAGUCGGAAGCCUCCACUGAGGAGGGUCAGGACACAUACUCGGUGGGUAGCUUUGAUGAAGACUCAAAGUCUGAGUUCAUCCUUGACCCACCUAAGCCCAAGCCACCAGCUUGGUAUCAUGGUAUUUUGACAUGGGAGGACUUUGAACUGGUGAACCCCCACAGAGCACGGUUUCUAAAGGAGCUGAAGGCACUGUCUGUGAAGAGGAGGCAGAUCUUGGGCAAUAAAAGCCUGUCGGAGGAUGAGAAGAACACACGGUUACAGGAUCUUAUGCUGAAGAACCCUAUGGGCUCUGGCCCACCACUUUGCGUAGAAGAUCUAGGAUUGAAUUUUCAGUUCUGUCCAUCAUCCAAAGUACAUGGCUUUUCAACGGUGGACCUGAAACCCAAUGGAGAGGAUGAGAUUGUCACCAUGGACAAUGCAGAGGAGUAUGUAGAGCUCAUGUUUGACUUCUGCAUGCACACAGGAAUCCAGAAGCAAAUGGAGGCCUUUAGAGAGGGCUUUAACAGGGUGUUUCCCAUGGAGAAGCUCAGCUCUUUUAGUCACAAAGAAGUGCAAAUGAUCCUGUGUGGUAACCAAAUGCCAUCCUGGACUGCUGAAGACAUUGUUAACUACACAGAACCUAAACUAGGCUACACCAGAGACAGUCCUGGUUUCUUGCGCUUUGUGCGAGUACUGUGUGGAAUGUCAUCUGAUGAGAGGAAAGCCUUUCUCCAAUUCACCACAGGCUGCUCAACCCUGCCCCCUGGUGGACUAGCCAACCUAUACCCUCGUCUAACAAUAGUCCGGAAGGUUGAUGCAACAGAUGCCAGCUAUCCUUCAGUUAACACAUGUGUACACUAUUUGAAGUUGCCAGAGUAUUCCUCCGAAGAGAUCAUGAGAGAACGCCUCCUCGCUGCCACUAUGGAGAAGGGCUUCCACCUCAACUGAGCAUGCUCUCCCUACAUCUUUGACCAAUUCCCAUACUGGUGAAGCCUGUUGUUUUGUUGCAGAAAAUAAAGCUGUGCUCUGAUGAAAUCCCUCCCCCUCCAUACCCAAUGCACCCCACAUGUACCUAAAUAAACAGGUAAAAAAAAAAAAGUCCCAUCGCAGCUUCACUAGCUACUGAAACAGAUUAGGGCCUUGUCCUCCUCCAUUGACUGCUCCACAAGGCCUUUCCCAGGUCACUCUACUGCUUAAGGGCUUAAGCCGCUGGCAGCCAGGGUAGUCUCUCCUCAUUCUACUGUGUUUACUGUCAUACACCAGGUUCAGUGUAAAUUUUGGCAUAGAUCAUCUUUUUCAGACCCAAAUUAUCACCAUCUCCAGCAUCCUCAGACCCUGGUCUCCCUGCACAGGGAGGCACAAGCACACCCUAUUCUUUAGAGCUAACUAUAGAGUGUUUGGGCAUUUCCUUAACAGGUUUUAUGUUUUACUAGUGCCUGCAUUGUUGAAAUAUUAGGAUUUAUUCUUUUCAUUUGUUUUACUUAAUCUGUCAGCAUACAAUCAUGCACAUGCUUAUUUUUUUCUGUUUUUCUUUUUUUGCUUCCGUUACCGUGUAAGUAUCUUUUCAACCGUUCAUUGCCCUGCUAAAGGAUCAAAAUCCCUGAGUGCAUUUGUGUAAUUUUACAAUAAAGCUAUAGAUACAGAAACACUGGUUUGGUGUGCAAGGCACAUUUAAAAACAAAGCAAAAAGCAAGCUGUGCUCUCCCUUGUAUUUUCUUUGUAUAUUAUAAACAUUUAUUUAACUCAAGUUGCAGUUUGAAGUAAACAGAUAUUUUCAAAUGUGUAUGCUCCAAAAAUAAUCAUUAAAAUGUUUGCAAAGUACAAA